AUGGCUGAAUUACAUAUUUUUGGGCAAAUACUAAAGGCUGUUAAUUUUGAAGAACCAAAAUUAUUCUGCAAAUGGAGUAUACAAGCUGGUUCAUCUUGGAGUUUCAUUGAAGGGGAAAAUGAAGGCCAAACUGUAACAGCAAUAGAUCGCUUAGAAGAAUCUACAACUUUUUGUCAACCAUUAGAUUUACAUUUAGCAUGUCGAGCAAUACAAGGAUGGCCAAAAAUUUAUGUUGAAGUUUAUGCAGUUAAUUGUAUGGAUUAUUGUUGGCCAGUUGGAUUUGGUUUUGUACAUAUACCUUCAAGUCCGGGUACCCAUACAGUGGAAAUUAAUACUUGGAGAAUAUCACCAAAUAAUUUUUGGGAUAAAAUCAAAGAUAAAUUUUAUUCUGGAGGAUUUGCUUUAAGUAAAAGUGAUUUAAUACAUUCUGGUAUUGAAAGAUACAAAUUGCAAACAAGAAGUUCCGGGAAAGUUAUUAUUGAUUUAUCUCUUAUUUUUCGUAAUUUUGCUAAAUACGGAAUUGAAUUUUGAAUAAAUUAGUAAUUCUAAUUAACUCGCAUAAAAUAAUUUUA